AUGUUCCUGGAUGUGUCUGAUGGGCUUUGUCACGUUUUCAGGAUGAUAGAGGGUGUGUGCAAGGAUCCACCCUACAAAGUUGAAGAAUCUGGGUAUGCUGGUUUCAUUCUACCAAUUGAGGUUUACUUCAAAAACAAGGAAGAACCUAAGAAAGUUCGAUUUGACUAUGACUUAUUCCUGCACCUUGAAGGCCACCCACCUGUAAAUCACCUCCGCUGUGAAAAGCUCACAUUCAACAACCCGACAGAGGAAUUCAGAAGAAAGCUGCUAAAGGCAGGAGGGAUCAUGGUAAUGUCAGAUGCCACAUCGCUCUCUUCAGGACAGAGCCUUCAUCUCCCCAACCUUCCCAGUAACUCCCUGUCUUUUUCUGAAGUGAAGAAGAAAUCAUCUCACGGGCCAAAGGACCCAACUAGGAUUCUGAACACAAAUAGCAGCAGCAGCAGUAGUAACAGUUUUUCAAAGACCCACAAGUUAACAAAGGAGCACAAGGAAAAAACUUCUAAAGACUCAAAAGAACAUAAAAGUGCCUUCAAAGAACCUUCCAGGGAACACAACAAAUCUUCCAAAGAAUCCUCUAAGAAACCCAAAGAAAACAAACCACUAAAAGAUGAAAAAAUAGUUCCUAAGAUGGCCUUCAAGGAACCCAAGCCCAUGUCCAAGGAGCCAAAAUCUGAAAACACCCCCAUCCUUGCCAUAACAGGUGGGCAGCAGCAAGAAAAGAAGACCCCCACAAAAAGGCCCUCUGUUCUGGACUCUGAUGAACCUUCUGCAAAGAAAAGAAAAAAAAGUAGCUCGGAUUCAUUAUUUAAAAGUUUUUCUAGCGCCCCACCACUGAUUCUUACUUGUUCAGCUGACAAAAAGCAGACAAAGGACAGAUCUCAACUGAAGGUAGGGAGAGUCAAAAUUGAAAACGAUGCACUGGAAAAGAAGACGCCUACUCUGCCACCGUUUGAUGAUAUUGUAGAUCCCAAUGAUUCUGACAUGGAGGAAAACAUGUAUUCCAAAUCUGAAUCUGAACAGCCCAGUCCUGCCAGUUCCAGCUCCAGUUCCAGUUUUACACCAUCUCAAAACAGCAGACAACAAGGUCCUUUGAGGUCUAUAAUGAAAGAUCUGCACUCAGAUGAUAAUGAAGAUGAAUCAGAUGAAGCAGAUGAGAAUGACAAUGAUUCUGAGUUGGAACGACCUGUAAAUACACGAGGAGGAAGCAGGAGUCGAAGGGUUAGUCUGAGUGAUGGCAGUGACAGUGACAAUAGUUCAGCUUCCUCACCACUACAUCAUGAACCAGCACCACCUUUACUGAAAACCAACAACAACCAGAUUUUAGAAGUGAAAAGUCCAAUAAAGCAAAACAAAUCUGAUAAACAAAUAAAGAAUGGGGAUUGUGAUAAGGCAUAUCUCGAUGAACUAGUAGAGCUCCACAGAAGAUUAAUGACACUGAGAGAGAGACAUGUACUGCAGCAGAUAGUAAAUCUUAUAGAAGAAACUGGACACUUUCAUAUCACAAAUACAACCUUUGACUUUGAUCUUUGCUCACUGGACAAAACCACAGUCCGUAAACUACAGAGUUAUCUGGAAACAUCUGGAACCUCCUGAGGAUUCAGCAUCUGGCUGCAUCAAAACCUGUUCUUUAAAUGAAACAUUCAGAAUGAUGCAAUCACAAUGGGGGGAAAAACCAAAACAACCCUCUUCAGCUUUAUUUUCCCUUAAAGCCAGUCAUCAUCUCUUGAUAAGGGAGAGGAAAAGUGACAAGACUCAGAGGACCGCUCUUCUCAAGAAGAAAAUGCUCUGGAAGAGUUUGCCUGGGUAGCCUUGAAAAACAAACACACAAAAACAAACAAAAAUACUUGGUCUUAAUGAAUGUGUCCGGUAUCAUGUAUCUCUCUCUGUGGUGUUCCAGUCCACAAGAUGAAUGCAUGUUCAACACACUGCCUUAUUACGUAACUGAUCUAUUUAUUACUGCAUACAUGUAUUCUGAAGUCAAUGGGUCAUUGAAUGACACUGCCAGAUGUUGCAAGUAGUGGCGUCCCAUAUGUGCUCUUUCGAUGCAGUACUACCACAAGCCUAGUAACCUUACUCAUGUUAAAAUGCCACUUCUUGCUAUCUUUCUCUAGUCACUUAAAACACUACAGUCUUGUUUCCACUUCUGCAGUUCCAGUAAACAAGAUACAAAUUUGGGGACCAAACAGUGGUCCCUUUUUGUUUCCUGUCUGCCACACUGGGUUGGACCACACCAGGUUGGACCGCAGGUCCUUGGCUCU